AUGGCGAAACAGCGCAACGCAGAAGACGAUACCCUGGACAAAUUCUGGAACCUAGAAUCCAUUGGCAUUAAAGACAAUAAACAAACUGUCCAGGAUCCCUCCGAUUUUCAGAAUUUCCAGAGAAAUUACAUUGAAAAACGUGAUGACCAAUAUGUGGCCAAAUUGCCGUGGAAAACCGACCACAGUCCUUUGCCUACGAAUUAUCGCAACGCAUGUCAUCGAACACGUAAUACCGUGCGCAAGUUACCAGUAGAAACACGACGCGUGUAUGACACUAUCAUCAGGAAUCAAGAGAAACGCAACUUUAUUGAGAAAGUAGGCGAUGACGAUACUUCCAGUGGACAUUACCUGCCUCACCGCCCUGUAAAAAAGGAUUCGAUUACAACACCAAUUCGAAUAGUUUACGACUGCAGCGCAAAGGCCACACCUGAUGACCCCAGUCUGAAUGACUGUCUAUUUAAAGGACCGCAGCUACUUAAUGACCUUGUUGGAAUCUUUUUAAGAUUUCGAAUUCACAAUGUCGCGAUCACUAGUGACAUUGAAAAAGCAUUCUUAAACAUAGGAUUGCACGAAGAUGACCGAGAUUUUACGAAAUUUUUGUGGCUUGAAGAUCCAGAAGACACUGAAAGUAAAUUUGAAGUGUACCGCUUUACGUCAGUUCUCUUUGGAAGCAUUUCCAGUCCAGCCAUUCUUAAUUCCGUAGUACGCUUGCAUUUGGAUAUGUCCGAGAAUGGCACCGCCAAAGCCCUAAAACGGGACAUCUACGUGGAUAAUAUUGUGACGGGAACUGACACUUCAAACCAAGCCAUUCAAAUGUACGAGGAAUCAAAUGAUAUGCUUGCAUCUGCAGGAUUCAAUCUUCAGUCGUGGGCUACCAAUGACCCCAAACUCCGCAACAUAGUCGAAACUGACGGAGUAGCUCACGCAGACCACAAGAAUACACCGAUGUUGGGAAUGAUAUGGGACACUGAACAAGAUACGUUAUCUUACAAGUCCGGUGAAGAAAUCCCAGUCAGCCAAGUCACCAAACGCGAAGUGAUUAGUCGCAUUUCUCGAGUUUACGACCCGCUAGGUCUGUUAGCACCAGUUAUUGUUCGAGGUAAAAUGUUCAUGCAAGAACUCUGGAAAGCGGAACUCGAUUGGGAUCAAACUUUACCUCCAGAACUAAGCGAAAUGUGGAAAGAAAUUGCUGCUGAUCUUGAACAAUGUUCAUUGCUGAAAGUUACCCGGCAGUAUUUUUCAAACACCAAGGAGUCACAACAGCCCAUGGAAUUACAUUGUUUUGUCGACGCCAGUGAGAAGGCAUAUGGAUGCGCCGUAUAUCUACGAAAUGGAGAACAAACUACUUUAGUUAUGUCCAAAUCGCGCAUCGCCCCAGUGAAAACGAUCACUAUUCCGCGCCUUGAAAUGAUGGCAGCCGUUCUAGGAACCCGCCUCACAAGUUUUGUUCAUGACCAGCUGAAAGAGAACAUUAACAUUGCGAAAUGUGCUCUGUGGACAGACAGCCAAAUUGUGCUGUGCUGGCUUAAAAGCGACAAACACCUACUGUUGUUUGUCCGAAAUCGUGUCAACGAAAUCAAACCGUCGUUGUUCAACGAAUACAGAUAUUGUCCGACGGAUGACAACCCGGCCGAUCUCAUAACACGCGGUACGACCGUAUCGUCACUAGAAAUCGCAACUAUAUGGUGGGAAGGACCCGCCUGGCUUGCACAUGGAGAUUGGCCCAUAGGAGAGUACAACAGUACUGUAAUGCAUUUGAGAACGGAGCGGGCAGAGUUUGCCCCACUCACCCCAAGUGAUUCGUUGAAUGAGCAACUCUUUAAAAACAAUCCAAAUGUCAUUGACCCUGCGACCGCAGUUCAGGGUCAUUCCGUUGAAACUGAUAUUUCCGACAAAGCCAACAAUCAAAGAAUGCGAGGAAAUCAGCCGCUCACAACGAAAACAGACAUUUCAAAGGUGAUCGACAUAGGCUGA